UCAGCUGCUCCGCUCCUAUUGGCUGACAGCAGUAUAAAGACAGAGGCCGGUGGGUGUGAGGGCUCAGUUCAGCUGGAGACUCUCCAGCGUCCAUUCGUCCCACACUGACAGUGACCCUGAAACUCACACGAACACACACUGUGCACGCGCGCACCAUGCUCAUAGUGCAGGGUUUAAACAGCGCUGAAUAAAACCCCGCAGCUUCUCUGAGCCUCAGUCUGCAGCAGACAUGCAGCUGUCUCUGCUCUGCGUCUGGACCAGCUGGAUCUUAACGCUCCAGUCCGCGGCUCAGCUUCAGCCUCACCGGGAGCAGGAGGGCGGGAGGCCCGGCUGGAGGCUGGACGCCGACAAGCCGCCAGCGGUGAGGGAGACCGGGGAGAGGCUCCGGGGAGGACAGGCCGGCAGGAGAGCAGCUCUGACCGGCCCUCAUGUCUGUGGAGGUCGGUGUUGUGUCGGAUGGACUUUGUCGCCUAAAACCAGGAGAUGCACCAAACCCAGGUGUUUCCCUCCUUGCCAUAACGGAGCGUUGUGCCGUCACUCUAACCGCUGUGUUUGCAGACGAGGUUUCCGCGGUUCUCGCUGCGAGUUUUCCACGGUGACGUUUUCUCUGCCCGGACGGCCUCUGACCUCCACCCACCCGACCGUCACCCCCCUCCACACCCCUCCACCACCGUCCGUCACCCCUCAGAGAAACACCAGACCUGCUCAGAGCCAUGUCAUCACAGCUCGCUCUGGUCCUGCUGCUGUUUCACCUCCACCUGCCUCCACCCGAGCUACCAGGAUAACAAAGGUGAUCCCCAGACCCAAACCCGGAGCCUCAGACCUGAAUCCAUCCUCUGCUCCAGCUGAAACCCACAAAGAGGAGGAUGCUACACUUGGACUCAAAACUGAAGGUUUUCAGAAAAGGGUUCCAGAGCAGGAGGAGAACCAAGCUUCUCUGAAAAAUGAAGAGGUGAAGAUGAAACCCACACCCGAGUUCAACGACCUCCAGCCCCGGACAGGAGACACCGAAGACCAAGAGGGGGCAGCAGAGAUCACAGGAAAAACUCCAAACCUGAAGUCUGAUUCAGAACCUGAGGUAGAGUCAAACUCAGAGACUGAGAUAAAAGAACAAGUAGCUCCAGGGUCUCAGACAAAAAACCAGAAUUUAGAGGCUGAAGAAAGUUCAGCAGGAAGAUUAACAGCCUCUCUAAUCCCAAAUCUGGAGUCGAGUUUGAGGCCGACAGUAGAGAAAGGAGAGUCUAAAUCUGGGUCUAAUGUAGAGGAGAGACUGAAUGUGAAAACUAGUUUAAGGUCCAGGUUAGACGACAGUGAAGGAUCCUCCAGGAGCUCAAAGGCUCAGUUUGAUCCAGGACCUAAAGUACAGGACCAAAGACCAGGGAAAACUGUGGAUGCUGGAGAGAUGAGGAGGAGGGAGGAGAAGAAGAAGGAGGUGAAGACUGGAGGAGCAAAGAAGCAGUCGCUGAGUCUGAGGGAGGCUCAGGCCCUGCUGCUGAGGAAGACGCUGUCCCGGGGAGGGAGAGGAGACAAGAUGGCCGCCCUGCUGAUGAAACACAUUGAGAAGGAGAGGAAGAAACUUCGCACUGUGACCUCCUCUUCCUCUCUUUCUAACUCCUCCAUCUCAUCCUCAGUAAAGACCAGUGUGAAGAGUUUCCACACUCAGAAGGGACAGUACACCGUCCACAUCACUGCACCCACAGCUGAUGGACAGACAGCCACAGGAGGAGGAGGAGGAGGAGGAGGAGGAGGGCUGGAGAGGAUCCAGGUGAUGUUCACGCCGACCAUCUGCAAGGUGCGCUGCAGCCAGGACCGCUGUGUCAACUACUGCGAGAGAGGCAACAUGACCACGCUGUACAGCAGCAACAGUGAGGGGGCAGGAGGAGGAGGAGGAGGAGGAGGAAGGAGAGACAGCUCCCAUGGACCAGGAUUCAGAGUCUUCCUCUGUCCUCUGCUCUGUAAGAACGGAGGCGUCUGUCUGCAGAAGGAUCGCUGUCUCUGUCCUCCAAACUUCACCGGAAAGUUCUGCCAGAUCCCUGUCGCCCCCACGUCUGCCGCCGCGCCCCGCUCCGCUGCCGCCGCCGCCUCGCCGUCCUCCACCAACGAGAUCGUCAAGCCCGCACUCCUCUCCCCCAUGGCAGCCAAUCAGGAGCUGACCCAGUCAGAGUUCCUCCUGCCGCUGGGACAGAACCAGGAGGCGGCGAGGUCCGGAGCUCCUGGUCCGUCCAUGGUGAAGGUCAGAGUGCAGCACCCCCCUGAGGCCAGCGUGAAGAUCCACCAGGUGGUGAAGGUGUCUGGAUUCAGCCCCACCCUGCGGACUCACCCCUCCUCCUCCUCCUCCUCCUCCUCCUCCUCCUCCUCCUCCUCCUCCUCCUCCUCGGGGUCUGCGGGGGCUCCGGCUCCUGCAGGUUGGGGGGUUCAGGCCCAGACGGUGAGAGGGGACGGCACGUACACCCAACACUCCGGGUUCAAGUACUGCUUCAGAGAGGUCAAAGACGGACAGUGCAGCUCUCCUCUGCCUGGACUGAGGAGUAAGGAAAUGUGCUGCAGAGGGAUCGGGAAGGGCUGGGGAAUCACCGACUGUGUCCUCUGUCCUGAAAACACAGGUCAGAGCAACAGCAGCUGUCCUGCUGGUUUUGAACGAGCCAAUGGAACGCAGUGUGUCGAUGUGAAUGAGUGCCUCCAGCCGGGGCUGUGUGAGAACGGGAUCUGUGUGAACACCAGGGGGAGCUAUAGCUGUGUGUGUAGGGCGGGGUUCAUCCUCGACGCCUCACAUGGAAUCUGCAUCUCCCAGAGUGUGAUAUCAGAGGAGAAAGGUCAGUGUUACCGGGUCCUGGGCUCAGGUCUGGGUCCGUCCUCCUGCUCCCUGCCCAUCCUCAGGAACAUCACCAAACAGAUCUGCUGCUGCAGCCGAGUCGGCAAAGCCUGGGGCCCUGAAUGUCAGAGAUGUCCUUACUUUGGUUCAGUGGCCUUUAAGGAGAUCUGUCCAGCCGGUCCUGGGUAUCACUACUCGGCCUCAGCCCUGCAGUUCAACCAGAGAGUCAAGGAGCAGCUGGGGGGCCGAGGGGCCCCGCUGGUAACCGACGGCAACCAGGAAAACCAGGGUCCUAUUCUGGUUCCAGCAGCAGCGGAGCCUCCAGGUCUCAGCAGAAACCCUCCUCCUCUGAAACCACAGCUGCUGGAGCGAGUACUUCACGGAGCUCCUGGAUCAGCCAGUACCAGCAGCACCCAGACCAGGCCCAGUCCACCUCAGCCUCAGCCCGGGGCUCCGUCUCAGCCUCAGACCCGCCCGGCCGCCGGCUCCACCCCCUCCAGGCCCGUACAGCCCGGCACCACCGGCACCACGGCUACCCAGGACAGACCCCAGACUCCCGGCAGACCAGGAAUCCAGUUCACUACACCACCGAGACCACAGCCCCCGUCCACCGGGAGUCAAGCAGGUGCUCGGCCCUCCUCUGGGUCCCGGCCGGAUCAGCCUCCGGCCAGAGGGGACUCUCUCCCCGUUCCUGCCCAGCCACAGAGCCCCGAGCGUGGGUCGAGACCCAGCGAGCUGCUCCCUCCUGUGCAGAGCAGACCGGCCGUCAGCCCGACGAUCAGACCCACCAGAGUCCAGCCCGUGCGAAGUGUGUGUGACACCAGACCAGGUGUGUGUGGGCGUGGCCGCUGUGUGGAUCAGCCAGGUGGGAAACACACCUGUGUGUGUGAUCAGGGAUACCAGCCCAACUCUCAGCGCACAUUCUGCCAAGAUGUGAAUGAGUGUGUGCAGUCUCCAGGUGUGUGUUCGGUGGGAGAGUGUGUGAACACCAUGGGAAGCUACAGGUGUGUGUGUCCGCCUGGAUACAGGAGCAGCAGCCAGCAGACCAGUUGUCAAGACAUCGACGAGUGCCAGCUGAACCCCUGCAGGAACGGUCGCUGUGACAACACGCCGGGCAGCUACAGGUGUGUCUGUCGCCUUGGUUACAGGCUCGUCGGCAACACCUGCACAGAUGUGGACGAGUGUGAGGACCCUCUGCUGUGUCCAGGUCAGGAGUGUGUCAACACUCAGGGCUCGUACCGCUGUGCGUCCUGUCAGCCUGGAUAUGGACUCCUCAACAGGCUCUGUACAGACAUUGACGAGUGUCGCCAGGCUCUCUGCGCCAACGGUCGCUGUGAAAACACACCUGGGAGCUACCGCUGCAUCUGUCGCCAUGGUUACAAGCUCCAGAACAACACCUGUACAGAUGUGGACGAGUGUGCGGAGCCGUCUCAGUGUCCUGGUCAGAUGUGUGUGAACUCUGUGGGGUCGUACCGCUGUGUGUCCUGUCGACCAGGAUACACACUGACCAACAGACAGUGUACAGAUAUAAAUGAGUGUGAGAACAGGGAGUCUUGUCCUGGGCAGCAGUGUGUGAACUCUGAGGGAUCCUUCAUCUGUGUGGACUGUCAGCAGGGAUACCACAGUGUGAACGGAGUCUGCACAGAUGUGGAUGAGUGUGUGCAGGUCUCUCAGUGUCCUGGUCAGCAGUGUGUGAACACUGUGGGCUCGUACCACUGUGUGUCCUGUCAGCCUGGGUACAGCAUCAAAGAUGGCUCCUGCCAAGAUGUAGACGAGUGUGCGAGUGCCGGGGCGUGCGAGGCCGAGCGAGUGUGCGUGAACACUGCCGGCUCGUUCAGGUGCGACUGUCGGCCCGGGUAUCGAACCGCCGGCCUGGGGAGACAGUGCAGAGACAUUAACGAGUGUUUGGAGGGAGAUUUCUGUUUCUCCAGAGGAGAGUGUGUGAACACACCUGGAUCCUACACCUGUGUGUGUGCUCAGGGGUUCACACUGAGCGACAACAGGACGGCCUGUCUCGAUGUGGAUGAGUGUGAGCGGUCGAGUGUGUGUGUGGACGGGCGCUGUGUGAACACCGACGGCUCCUUCUACUGCCAGUGUCAAACCGGCUUCACCACCAACCCUGAGAGGACAACCUGCCUCGAUGUUGACGAGUGCGUCUCGUCCAGCGGCGCAGUCUGCGGGUCGCGUCGCUGUGAAAACACGAUUGGUUCGUACCGCUGCCUCACUUCCUGUCAGCCGGGCUACCAGGUGACGCAGACCGGCAGGUGUGUAGAUGUAAACGAAUGUGUCAAUGAGACGGUGUGUGGGGAUCACGCCUUCUGUCAGAACCUGAUAGGAACCUACCUGUGUGUGUGCGACCAGGGCUUCACCUCCACCGCCGACGGAAAAGCCUGCGUGGACGAGGAUGAGUGUGUGUCCAUGCCGGGUGUGUGUGGUUCGGCUCGUUGUGAGAACGUGGAGGGAUCCUUCAUGUGUGAAUGUGACGGAGCAGCUGAGUUCGACACGACGUCCAGAACGUGUGUCAGCGCUUUACGACCAGCAGAGACAGUCGUCCUCAUCUCCCCUCCCCCCCCCAUCUCCUCCUUCCACGUCAGUCUGGAGGAGCUGGAUCCGAUGCUGCCCCCCCUCCCUGCGGCUCGUCCCGGCGAGCUCAGGGAGUGUUACUACAACCUGGCAGAGCGAGGGACCUGCAGCCUGCUGGCCACCAACACCAGCCAGCAGGAGUGCUGCUGCACGGUGGGGGAGGGCUGGGGGCUGGGCUGCCAGUACCACACCUGCCCCCCCCCAGACUCAGCCGAGUUUCUGUCCCUGUGUCCCAGUGGGAGAGGAUAUGUUACGACUGGACCAGGAGCCUUCAGCUACAGAGAUGUGGACGAGUGUAAGCGUUUCCAUCCUGAGGUGUGUAAGAACGGAGUGUGUGUCAACAACAUCCCUGGAUACAACUGUUACUGCUCCAGUGGAUACGUCUACAACAGCACACUGCUGGAGUGUGUCGAUCAUGACGAGUGUGAGGAGGAGAGCUGUGUAGGAGGAGUGUGUGUGAACACGGUGGGUUCAUAUUACUGCAGCUGUCCUCAUCCUCUGGUCCUCGACGACACACAACGCAACUGUGUCAACUCCUCACACCUCACUGUGGAUGAGAACCUGUCUGUUUGCUGGCAGCAUCUCUCAGCAGACCUGAUGUGUCAGAGUCCUCUGCUCGGGGCUCAGGUCACCUUCACUGACUGCUGCUGUCUGUAUGGGGAGGGCUGGGGGAUGGAGUGCGCCCUCUGUCCCGCCACCGACUCCGACGACUACGCCUUCCUCUGCAGCUCCUUCCCUCCUCUGUUUCCCAGUUUUCCAGAUUCAGGCGGAUCAGAAACAGGAGUGAGACCAGGAGCAGGACGAGGAGGAGCAGGAGCAGGAGCUCCUCCUCAGUUUCCUCCCUACGGUCCAGACUCCUUCCCUCCUCCUGUGCUCCCCAGCAGAGACUUCAGUCGUCCUGACUAUGACGAUUACUCCCCAGCAGGAGGCGGCAGGUCGAGCUUCAGAGGGAGGACUCCUGCCUCCUUCAGUCCGCCUGACGGAGGUUAUCGCAGGCCUGAGUACAGCACUGGUUACUACUCUGAAGGAGACUACACCUCCCCUGACACCUCCCCACCCAGACCUCCCUCCUUCCGCCUCCCUCCGGACCCCCGGGCAGAGACGGCGUUCGGGGCCCGGCCUCCUCCUCCAUCCCGGCCCGACGGUCCUCCCCUCAGCCUGGCCCCGCUGCCCGGAGCUCCCUACGAGGAGCCGGAGGAGGAGGAGGAGGAGACGUGGAGGCCGGGCCCGCCCUUCCCUCCCUUCACAGAGAGGAGCAGAGGAGGAGGAGCACCACCGAGGAGGGUGUAUGAGAGACGUUACGAGUCGUACGCCGGCCUGAGCGCAGCAGAGGAUUGUGGGAUACUUCACGGCUGUGAGAACGGCAGGUGUAUCCGUGUCGCCGAGGGUUACACCUGUGACUGUUACCAAGGAUACGAGCUGGACAUGACCUCCAUGACCUGUAUAGAUAUAAACGAGUGUGAGGACGGCGUCAGCGUGGAGUACCCCUGUGUGAACGCUCGCUGCGUGAACACCGAAGGCUCGUUCCGCUGCGUCUGCAGGAGAGGAUACAUCAUGUCCCGCAGACCGAACCACUGUGUGGCCGCGUAGACCACAUCAGACCAGACUGGACUCGGAUCAGACCAGUACGGACUGGUCUAGACGAUCUAAAGACUUGGACUACACGAUGGCAGCCUGGGCUUAGGCUUUACUAUUGGACCAGAUUUGACAGACUAGACUCGACCAGGAUCAGAUGUACCGGACUGAAAUCCUCUUGCACUAAACUGGGCAGGGCUGGACUGGACUGGGCCGUGGUCCAGGAAAUAGAAUGACUGGAUUUUCUCUUAUGGAUCACUUCAGACUGGGACCAGGAUCAGUUCACGGUGUAAUAAAUAUAAAAUAUAAUUCACUGUUGAACUGGAAUUUGAAUUUUCCAGAUUUAAAAUGAUGACCAGACUCCAUUCACAAAAACAGGAAUUUAACUGAGCAGAACACAGGAGCUGCUGGAAUCCCACUGCCUCCAUCUGUUAGUGUGUCUGUGUUACUGUGGGACUUUCAGUGGUGGAAGAAGUAAUCAGAUACUUUACUGAAGUAAAAGUACCACACAGUAACACAGACAUAGUAAGAGAACAGUAUCCUAGCAGCUUCUGUUCUGCUCAGUAAAAUUCCUGAUUUUCUCAAUGGAGUCUGGUAUUAAUAUAUAGUGAUGUUUCUGGUGUCCAUACUCCAAAGGUUAAACCAGAAACAUCACUAAAUAUCACUACCAGACUCCAUUGACAAAAACAGGAAUUUUCCAGAGCAGAACACAGGAGCUCCAGUCAUUUCAUUAUAGUUUCAUAUUCUGCUCUGGUCUGUAGUUUUCAGUGUAACAGCAGAUUCGUCAUGCUCGGUCUAAACCAGUCUAGCCCUGUUUAGUUAGCCCAGUGAUCAGAACCAGGCUAACUCAGCUGUAGACUCCAGGCUCGUUCUAAUUAGCCCUGUAGUACAAACCAGGCCAGCCCUGUUUGGCCCUGUUUGGUACCAGGAACCAAGCUGUGCCCAAAGUUCACGUGUAUGUUUUUGACUUCCUGAAGACUCUCGACAUUAUCUGGAUGUUUAUUGUGAUGAAAGGUCUGGUAGGUUAUUUUCAGAGAGAGAGGAAGGUGUGAGGUUGUUUAGUAGAAAUAGUUUUGUGUGUUUGUUUGUUUUUAGGAAACUAACCAGGCUUCAACAACACUGAUCAGUUCAUAAACAACAUCUUAUAUUUUAACUCGACAGAAAACCAAAGUUCAGACGUUAACGUCACUUUGAAGGCUGAAGCUAACCACUGUUUUCAUUAUUGUUUUAUCGACUCAUUGAUUCAGUAUUUGGUUUAUUAAAUGCCUAAAAAAUACCUGUUACUUCUUCCAGAAGCCAAAGUUAAUGUCUGUAAAAUCUCUUUUUCAAGAUACUUACCUGUGAUCCAGCUCCACAGGUAUCAGACGUCUAUAAAUUGCAAGUUUUGACAAUUUAAUUUCUUAAAUUGUCUCAUUUAAAUAGAUUUUCAGGUAUUUCAUAGACAAACAUCAGUGUAGGAGAACAUAGUGUUGUUUGGCUCUGUGAGUAAACUUGUGACCCAUGUAACGGGUCUCAACCCACAUGUUGGGAAACACGGAGACAAGAGAAGCAGCAAAUCUUCACGAGGCUGAAACUUUAUCGAAAAUUUACUUAAAUGAUGAACCAAUCAUCAAAGUGAUUUUCAGUUAUUUUUCUGUCAGUCGACUGAUUGAUCGACUAAUCGUUGGAAGUUCUGAUCACUUUAUAGAUCACUGAGGGAGCUCAGGUGUGUAAACUCUACUUUUAUAUUUUUUUGAAGUGAUUAUGAUCAUAAUAUUUACAGCAUGAAAAAUAUAAAACACCACAACACCAGUCUGUUCAGUGAAACAAACAUUUGUCACCUACAGACAAAAGAAGAAAAUAGCCUGACGUUAUUAAUGAAUGAUUUACAGUUUAUUACAUUUUUUUUAAAUGAAGUAAUGUAGCUUUAAUUCCAAACCUACAACAUACAGCUACAAUAUCUGACAGUUUGUUAGCAUGUUAGCACAUUAGCAUGUUAGCGGUCCCAUUGUGAACAACAGAGAGCGUUUGCUAACGUGAAGAUUUUAACAGUAUUUGAGAAAAUACUGGGUGAUAUUAUUAAUGAGUGAGUCACAAUAUAUUAAGGUUUUUAAAAAUGGAGUAGCUUUAAUUCCAACCCUACAGUACAGCUACAACAUCUGACAGUUUGUUAGCAUGUUAGCAUGUUAGCAGUCCCAUUGUGAACAACAGAGAGGUUCUACUAGCAUAAAGAUUUUAUCAGUACUUCAGAAAAUACUUGUCUGAUAUUAUUAAUGAGUGAUUUACAGUAUGUAAAGUUUUUAAAAAUGGAUUAAUGUAACUUUAAUUCCAAACCUAGCCUAAAUACAGCUACCAUAACUGAGCACGUUAGCGGUCCUAUUGUAAACAACAGAAAGGUUCUGCUAACGUAACGAUUUUAACAACAGAAAAAAAUGUCUGACAUUGAAUAACAAUUUAAAGUAUAUUACGUUUGUUUAAAAAUGGAGUAUUGUAGGUUUAAUUCCAAACCUCGCCCAAAUGCAGCUACAGUAUCUGACGGUGUUAGCACGUUAGCAUGUUAGCAGUCCCAUUGUAAACAACAGAAAACUUCUAAGGAAGUUUUUUUGACACGUAGAAAUUGUCAUGUUGAAAGUAAUUCCUACUACUGUACAUUAUUAAUGAGACAACAUUUAGCUUGAAACGAACAUCUAAAGUUAGAAAAUUAGUUCAAUAGCUAACGAAAGUGUUUGGAAAAUGAAAAAUUGAAACACUGAGGCCAUGAGCCCAAAUGACCCCAGUUUGAUUGAUUUAAUUUUAUCUCGUGACAUGACGGUGGAUUAAAAGCUGUUUCAAAGCAGCAUUUAAGCAGCUAAUUUACUUAAUUUACUGUCAAAUUUAAAGAUAUUUUGGCAGCAAAAUGUCAGACAUCCAUCAUGUAAUGGAGUCAUUUGGUAUAUUUUUCCAUUUUAAUGAUUUCCUUAAUGAAACUCAGGACUCUCCUGGACAGUGUAACCAUCAUUUAGGUUUAUACUAUACCCACGUGUCCGCUCCUGGAAGCUGCAUUCAGUCACAUUGUGUAUAUAGUAAAUUCACAUUUUUCCACAAUAAUCCUUAUUGUUACCAAAUGAAUGAAGCUGUUAAGCCUGUAAGAGAGUGUGUUUAUUGUGUUUUUAUUAACUUCCUGUUAGUUAACUUGCUGAACCCGACGUGAUGAACUUUCCUCAGCACCUAAUGUUUGAUGUAUAACAUGCACUGUAUCUGCCAGAGACCAGCCUUAUGUGUUCACACAGGAGAUUCUGUAAAUUGUUUAAAUUGUCUCUGGUGUUUUUUAAACUGUUCAUUUUUACAUUUUAUGAUUCACUUUUUUAUCUUUGUUGUUUGUAAGACAAGAAAUGAAAAUAUAUUUGCACACACCUUUAGUGAAA